AACCCAAAAAAAUUCAUAUGCUAUUUUUUCUUGUGGAUAAUCGGUUAUCUUGGAUCAAGGAUUAAGACUAAUCUCAAGAUCGGGAGUCAACCAUAUAAUUUAGAUUAUAAGCUCUCUACCCAAAUUUAAAGUUUGAACUCGGACAAAACAUAAGCUUUGAAUUCCGUUUCACCGGUUAACCCACCCAAAUUUGGGUCCAAUGGUAAAAUUUAGAUGACAUAGCACUGCUAGGGUGUAAGAGUUUCUCACGCCAUUUACGGCAAAAUCCUCUGUAACAAAAAACCAAACAGAAGUCAUAAAAGAAAACAAGAGCAUCAUAAAUAUUGGACCUUUAAAAAGAAAAGAGAAGAAGCUAAUCUUUGACAAAGAUGUGGAACUAAGCUGAGAUUUGUCAAAAAGAGUCACUAUGGGUGAGUGGUGCUUUCUGGUUUUAAGGAAAGAUUGAACAAGAAACCCAACAAGUUUAAUGCAUUUUGUCUCCAUGCAAGUAAAUUCGCCUGUGCCAUGAAAUAGCCAUCAACAUCUCAGAGUUAUUGCCCACAAGCCAAUACUCACACACUUUCUGCUAUAUAAUGACACUAUAUCUCACUCCAAUCUCUCUCUCUCCCUCUCUCUCUCUCUCUCUCUCUCUCUCUCAUCUCCUACAUGGAACCCAAUGACCGUCCCUCUCAUUGUUUCAACCUUAUGGAAGGAAACCCAUCUCAGAACAAUCACUUCAACUCACUGUUCCUACCAACAAACACUGAGUCCCAUGUUCAGUUGCACUCAGUGUCCCCAAACACAUCGACCCUCAGCAAUAACCUCUCUAAUUUAGAUCAAACUCGAGAUACCAUCUACCAUCAUGGGCAUCAUCAUCACCAACAACACAGCAUGAUAGAUGAAAAGAGGAUAAGAAGAAUGGUCUCUAACCGGGAAUCAGCCAGAAGGUCACGUAUGCGCAAGAAGAAGCAGAUCGAAGAGCUGCAGCUCCAGGUUGAGCAGCUCAUGACAUUGAACCAUCACUUGUCCGAGAAGGUCAUCAGUUUGCUCGAGAGCAACCACCAGGUCCUGCAAGAGAACGCACAGCUCAAAGAGAAAGUCUCUUCCUUUCACAUCCUAAUGGCAGACAUGCUAUUACCCGUGAGAAAUCUGGACGACACCAAUAGCCGAGAGACAGAUCAUAUAAGAGCCGAACCUUCAAACAGGUCCAACAACCCUCGGGCCACAUAACUCGGUAAGUAAAAAGUUCAAAUUGGCCUAGAGGGCAUCAGUAUGUAGCACUAGUAUAGACGAUUUGUUACCCAUUGUCACCAUACAUGUAACCACUACACCGGAGGUUACUUGUAUAUAACAGCUAUUAUUCAGCAGGCCCC